AUGACCAUGAUCCAUCCUAAAAGAUUUUCUCAGUUGGUGAGGAAGUGGCAAAGGGUCAGGACAAUAUCCAGCGACAACAAAGCAGGCUGCACGACACCACAGGGCACAGAUAAAGGCCACUACACCGUGUACAUGGCCAAUGCCAGGAGGUUUAAGUUCUCCUUGACUUACCUCAACAAGACGAUCUUCGGCGAGCUGCUAAGGAUGCCCCAGGAGGAGUUUGGGCUUACAUGCGAUGGCAGGAUCACACUGCCCUUCGAUGCAGUGGUCAUGGAGUAUGCCAUGUGCUUGCUCAGAACAAAUGCAUCAGAGGAAGUAGAGAGGCCGUUCCUGAGCUCUAUAGUGAUGCCUUGCCAAAUCCAAGUAUAG